CCGCCGGGAGAGGUGAAGGGGCCAGAAGGAGACAGGCUGCCCGGGACUGCGGACGCCGAGUCAGGUGCAGCGCCAGGAGCUCGGCGUCGCGACGUCGGCAGGACUCCCACCGUGGCCGUGGCUGGCCGGAUUCAAAGCCUGGGAAAAGUUCCUGCACUUUGAAAAGGAGGACCCACUUGUGGGCGGCUGUCGAGGGGGGGCGAGGGGCUGCGCCUGCCCGGGAGCCUGCUCUUGUUUCUUCUACCUUUGCCAUCAGGUGUCUGCUGCGGAGCUGCGCCGUAUCCGGGAGACGAGAGGGGCUGACACGCGCGCACACGGGACUGCCAUUUAGCUGCCUCCUGGGCUCUCUUCGGAGUAACGAGUCCCACUGGCCCAACUGCCACCUCGCCAUCUCCCCAGGACACCCCGGCAGGACCCAGGAAGAGGACACUUCCACCUUGACCUUUCCACUCCUUCAGGCGGGCCUGCCAGCAGCUCCCUGCAGUCCUUGCAGAAGCUCUGGUCCUCAACUUGGCCUCUUGGAUUUCCUCUGCCAGGGUCCUGACUAGUGGAUAUCACUGCCGGCUGCGGCGGCCCCAUUGCCCUUUUGUCUUUUCUGCUUGACCUCGGGGAAGGCCCCGGUGCGGAGCGUCGCCAAGGACGCCAGGCGGGAGGCGGGAUUGUGGAGACAUCAUUCAGUGAAGUGCAUGUGUAUUUGCAAACCGCUCUGGGCUGUCGGGAGACGGCGAAGACCGGUCUGGGCUGCCGAGGAGCCACAGGCCGGGGGGGAAGCCGCGUGAGUGAGCCACGCUGGGCGCAGCGCAGCGCCUCCCUGCGCCCCCCGGGCUGCGCGCCGCCCCGUGCGCCCCCGAGCGCCAUGCCCAAUCGCCCGGCGCGCUCGGCUCCCGGCCCACGGGGCUCCUGCGCCUUCUAGCUUCCGAGAGCCCACUUUAAUCAAGGCCACCAUUCCUAUUGAGACCCCUUCUUCUGCCUCUUACCCUCCCCGCCGGAAUCGGAUUUGCAGAGGGGGUCGUGGAAUCCGAGCAGCCCCCUUCCCCGCGCAACUGGCUCCUGCAUUUUCGCUGCUAUUGGAAGCUCCAGCUUUUUUUUUUUUUUUACCGCCAAGUUGAUCUUUGCGACGCGUGAUCUCCUGUCGGCUGCUCUGGGGUCUUCCUGCAACCUUGGCCAGGCAGAUUAAUCUUCAGGACCUAAAGUUGCCCAAGGAGCGCCUGCCUUGCUCGAGGAGGGUGGAGGGGAGGUGGGAGGCGUGUACCUGUGUCAGCUCUUCUACCUUGAAUAUUAUAACUGUUACUUCCAUAUUAUUUUGUGCACAUCUACCCGGACCCUCUGGGUUGCUAGCCCUGCACCAGACACUGGGCCUCAGCCACAGCGCAGUUUGCGCCGAGCAACGUGCUGAAAAGAAACCCCCGGCACUGGCGAGCGAGGGGGCGGCAAGGAAAGAUGCGCGGCGUCGGCUGGCAGACGCUGUCCCUGUCUCUGGGGUUAAUGCUGGCGAUCCUGAACGAGGUGGCGUCUCAAGCGUGUCCGGCGCAAUGCUCCUGCUCGGGCAGCACAGUGGACUGUCACGGGCUGGCGCUGCGCAGCGUGCCCAGGAAUAUCCCCCGCAACACCGAGAGGCUGGAUUUGAAUGGAAAUAACAUCACACGGAUUACCAAAAUGGACUUUGCUGGUCUUAGACAUCUAAGAGUUCUUCAGCUAAUGGAGAAUAAGAUCAGCACCAUCGAAAGGGGAGCGUUCCAGGAUCUGAAAGAACUGGAGAGACUGCGUUUAAACAGAAAUCACCUUCAGCUGUUUCCAGAGUUGCUGUUUCUUGGGACUUCGAAGCUAUACAGGCUAGAUCUCAGUGAAAACCAAAUUCAGGCAAUUCCAAGGAAGGCUUUCCGUGGAGCAGUUGACAUUAAAAAUUUGCAACUGGAUUACAACCAGAUCAGCUGUAUAGAAGAUGGGGCAUUUAGGGCUCUCCGGGACCUGGAAGUGCUCACUCUCAACAAUAACAACAUUACCAGACUUUCUGUGGCAAGUUUCAACCAUAUGCCUAAACUUAGAACUUUUCGCCUGCAUUCCAACAACCUGUACUGUGACUGCCACCUGGCCUGGCUCUCUGACUGGCUGCGUCAGAGGCCCCGCGUGGGCCUCUACACCCAGUGCAUGGGCCCGUCCCACCUGAGGGGCCAUAAUGUAGCUGAGGUUCAAAAACGAGAGUUUGUCUGCAGUGGUCACCAGUCAUUUAUGGCUCCUUCUUGCAGUGUUUUGCAUUGUCCAGCUGCUUGCACCUGUAGCAACAAUAUCGUAGACUGUCGUGGGAAAGGUCUCACUGAGAUUCCCACGAAUCUGCCUGAGACUAUCACCGAAAUACGUCUGGAACAGAACUCAAUCAAGGUCAUCCCUCCUGGAGCUUUCUCACCAUAUAAAAAGCUCAGAAGAAUCGACCUGAGCAAUAAUCAGAUCUCUGAACUGGCACCAGAUGCUUUCCAAGGACUGCGCUCCCUGAACUCACUUGUUCUCUAUGGAAAUAAAAUCACAGAACUCCCAAAAAGUUUAUUUGAAGGAUUAUUUUCCUUACAGCUACUAUUGUUGAAUGCCAACAAGAUAAACUGCCUUCGGGUAGAUGCCUUCCAGGAUCUGCACAACUUGAACCUUCUGUCCUUAUAUGACAACAAGCUUCAGACCAUCGCAAAGGGGACCUUUUCACCUCUCCGGGCCAUUCAGACCAUGCAUUUGGCCCAGAACCCCUUUAUUUGUGACUGCCAUCUCAAGUGGCUGGCGGAUUACCUCCACACCAACCCUAUCGAGACCAGUGGUGCACGCUGCACCAGCCCUCGGCGUCUGGCAAACAAAAGAAUUGGACAGAUCAAAAGCAAGAAAUUUCGUUGUUCAGCUAAAGAACAGUAUUUCAUUCCAGGUACAGAAGAUUAUCGAUCAAAAUUAAGUGGGGACUGCUUUGCAGAUCUGGCUUGCCCUGAAAAGUGCCGCUGUGAAGGGACCACAGUUGAUUGCUCCAAUCAAAAGCUCACCAAAAUCCCAGACCACAUUCCCCAGUACACGGCAGAACUGCGUCUCAAUAAUAAUGAAUUCACAGUGUUGGAAGCUACAGGGAUCUUCAAGAAACUUCCUCAGUUGCGUAAAAUAAACUUUAGCAACAAUAAAAUCACAGACAUUGAAGAGGGAGCUUUCGAAGGAGCCUCUGGUGUAAAUGAAAUACUGCUCACAAGUAAUCGCUUGGAAAAUGUGCAGCAUAAGAUGUUCAAGGGAUUGGAAAGUCUCAAAACUUUGAUGUUGAGAAGUAAUCGCAUAAGCUGUGUAGGGAAUGACAGCUUCAUAGGACUGAGUUCUGUGCGUCUGCUUUCUUUAUAUGAUAAUCAAAUUACUACAGUUGCACCAGGGGCCUUUGACACUCUCCAUUCUUUAUCUACUCUAAACCUCUUGGCCAAUCCUUUUAAUUGUAACUGCUACCUGGCCUGGUUGGGAGAAUGGCUCAGGAAGAAAAGAAUUGUCACGGGCAAUCCUCGAUGUCAGAAACCAUACUUCCUCAAAGAAAUCCCCAUCCAGGAUGUGGCCAUUCAAGACUUCACGUGCGAUGAUGGAAAUGAUGACAACAGCUGUUCCCCUCUCUCCCGCUGCCCCACCGAGUGUACCUGCUUGGAUACCGUGGUCCGAUGUAGCAAUAAGGGCUUGAAGGUCUUGCCCAAAGGAAUUCCAAGAGAUGUUACUGAGCUGUAUCUGGAUGGGAAUCAGUUUACACUGAUUCCUAAGGAACUCUCAAACUACAAACAUUUAACCCUUAUAGACUUAAGCAACAACCGAAUAAGCACCCUUUCUAACCAGAGCUUCAGCAACAUGACCCAGCUCCUCACUUUGAUUCUUAGCUACAACCGUCUGAGAUGUAUUCCUCCUCGAACCUUCGAUGGAUUGAAGUCUCUUCGAUUACUUUCUUUACAUGGAAAUGACAUUUCUGUUGUGCCUGAAGGUGCUUUCAAUGAUCUUUCUGCAUUAUCACACCUAGCAAUUGGAGCCAACCCUCUUUACUGCGACUGUCACAUGCAGUGGUUAUCUGACUGGGUCAAGUCAGAAUACAAAGAACCAGGAAUCGCUCGCUGUGCUGGACCUGGAGAAAUGGCAGAUAAACUGUUACUCACAACUCCAUCCAAAAAAUUCACGUGUCAAGGUCCCGUGGAUGUGACUAUUUUAGCUAAAUGUAAUCCCUGCUUAUCAAAUCCCUGUAAAAAUGAUGGCACCUGUAACAAUGAUCCCGUCGACUUUUAUCGCUGCACCUGCCCAUAUGGUUUCAAGGGACAAGACUGCGACGUCCCGAUUCAUGCAUGCAUCAGUAACCCCUGCAAGCAUGGAGGGACCUGCCACUUAAAAGAAGGAGAAAAAGAUGGAUUCUGGUGUAUUUGUGCUGAUGGAUUUGAAGGAGAGCAUUGUGAAAUCAACGUUGAUGACUGUGAAGAUAACGACUGUGAAAAUAACUCUACGUGUGUCGAUGGGAUUAAUAACUACACAUGCCUUUGCCCACCUGAGUACACAGGCGAGUUGUGUGAGGAGAAGCUGGACUUUUGUGCCCAGGACCUGAACCCUUGCCAGCACAACUCCAAGUGCAUCCUGACGCCAAAGGGAUUCAAGUGUGACUGCACACCAGGAUACAUAGGCGAGCACUGUGAUGUGGAUUUCGACGACUGCCAAGAUCACAAGUGUAAAAACGGAGCCCACUGCACGGACGCCGUGAAUGGCUAUACGUGCACCUGCCCCGACGGUUACAGUGGCUUGUUCUGUGAAUUUGCUCCACCCAUGGUCCUCCCUCGAACCAGCCCCUGCGAUAACUUCGAUUGUCAGAACGGAGCUCAGUGUAUCAUCAGGAUAAACGAGCCAAUAUGCCAGUGUUUGCCUGGCUACCAGGGGGAGAAGUGUGAAAAGUUGGUUAGUGUGAAUUUUGUAAACAAAGAGUCCUAUCUUCAAAUUCCUUCGGCCAAGGUUCGGCCUCAAACGAACAUCACGCUUCAGAUCGCUACAGAUGAAGACAGCGGCAUCCUCCUGUAUAAGGGGGACAAAGACCAUAUCGCGGUGGAACUCUACCGGGGACGCGUCCGUGCCAGCUAUGACACCGGCUCUCACCCGGCUUCUGCCAUUUACAGUGUGGAGACGAUCAAUGAUGGAAACUUUCACAUUGUGGAACUACUCGCCCUGGAUCAGAGUCUCUCCCUCUCCGUGGAUGGAGGGAGCCCCAAAAUCAUCACCAACUUGUCAAAGCAGUCCACUCUGAACUUUGAUUCCCCACUUUACGUAGGAGGCAUGCCCGGGAAAAACCACGUGGCUGCGGCCCUGCGCCAGGCCCCCGGGCAGAACGGCACCAGCUUCCACGGCUGCAUCCGCAACCUCUACAUCAACAGUGAGCUGCAGGACUUCCGCAAGGUGCCCAUGCAAACCGGCAUCUUGCCCGGCUGCGAGCCAUGCCACAAGAAGGUGUGUGCCCACGGCACGUGCCAGGCCGGCAGCCCAUCAGGCUUCACCUGCGAGUGCGAGGAAGGAUGGACGGGGCCCCUCUGUGACCAGAGGACCAAUGACCCCUGUCUUGGAAAUAAAUGUGUGCAUGGCACCUGCCUGCCCAUCAACGCCUUCUCCUAUAGCUGUAAGUGCCUGGAGGGCCAUGGGGGCGUCCUCUGUGAUGAAGAGGAAGAUCUGUUCAACCCCUGCCAGGCCAUCAAGUGCAAGCAUGGGAAAUGCAGGCUCUCGGGACUGGGCCAGCCCUACUGCGAAUGCAGCAGUGGAUACACUGGGGACAGCUGUGACCGAGAAGUCUCUUGUCAAGGGGAGCGGAUUAGAGAUUACUACCAAAAGCAGCAGGGCUAUGCCGCUUGCCAGACAACUAAGAAAGUCUCCCGCCUGGAAUGCAGGGGCGGGUGUGCCGCAGGGCAGUGCUGUGGACCCCUGAGGAGCAAGCGGCGGAAAUAUUCUUUCGAAUGCACUGACGGGUCCUCCUUUGUGGACGAGGUCGAGAAGGUGGUCAAGUGCGGCUGUACCAGGUGCACCUCCUAACCGCCUCCCUGGCCGCUCUUGUCUUUGGAAGAUCUUGUCUCCUCCUUGACCAUGUUGGACUCAUGAAAGCUUCAUAGUGGAAAUAUUUGAAAUAUAUUGUAAAAUAAAGAACAGACUUAUUUUUAUUAUGAGAAUAAAGACUUUUUUUCUGCAUUUGGAAAAAAAAAAUAGAGAUGCUUGAACUACAGCUUCCCCGACGCUGGAGAAGUGUGAAGGCAGAUAACCCCGGAGGCGCGAGAAUGACAUCGGGAGCCGCGGCGGCUCGGGUCCAUCCCUGGAACACUCUGAAGACAAGCAGAAGCACACAUACACACAAGGGAGGCUCAAGCUAUGGCGCACUGAUGUGAACGUGCCCUCGCCCGCGUCUCUUGUGUUCACGAGGACAGACCAAGCACAUGCGUGUGAGUGAGGAGGCAAGGCAGAGGAAUGGGACCCAGCACCCACAGAGAGAACAAACGGAUGAGAAGUAUUUGGUGCAAAACACAGAGUCCCAACAACCUGGGUUCCAUUUGUGAGAGAAGACGGGGAUGCUAAAAUUUUAUCUUCUUUUUAAAUGUCAGCAUGUUAGCAGAAGAAGCACACAAAAGUGUUUAUCUACCGUUUUCCAGUAUUAAUUUUUUUGUAAUAUAAAUGAUAAAAGAGAUGAU